GGUGUAAUAAAGCCCGAGCAGACAUGGGCAGCUCGGAGCGGAUACGCACUCAGAGCGCGCGCGGGAUGAACUCCACGCAGCAUUGCCGAGGAGACCGCUGGCUUCGGGACGGUUCUCCCGCCACCUCCGCGCUCAUGUUCUCCGCGGGGGUUCUCGGGAACGCGGCUGCGCUCGUGCUGCUGGAGUUCCGGCGCAGGAGGAGGAAGCAGCGCGCGCGAGGUUCUUCUUCCUGUAACCUGUUCCAGGUGCUGCUCACCGCGCUCAUCGUCACCGACCUGCUGGGCACGUGCUCGGUCAGCCCGCUGGUGAUCGCGGCGUACGCGCGCAACGAGUCUGUGAGCGCGCUGGGCGGAAGCGAGGUCGCGUGCCAGCACUUCGGCUUCGCCAUGACCUUCUUCAGCCUCGUGACGCUCGCGCUGUUGAUGUGCAUGGCGCUCGAGCGCUGCCUCUCCAUCGCCGCGCCCUACUUCUACGCGCGACGGCUGAGCGCGCGCUGCGGGUUCCUGGCGCUCGCGCUGGCCUACGGGUCCGGCGCGCUCUUCUGCCUCGCGCCCUUCCGGGGUUACGGCGCGUACGUGCAGUACUGUCCCGGGACCUGGUGCUUCGUGGACCUGCUGUCCGGGGAGCGCGCGCACCUCGUCUACAAGAACCUGUACGCGUCCUGCCUGCUCGUCAUGAUCGCGUGCACCGUGCUGUGCAACGGCUGCGUCAUCUACCACCUCGUGCGCAUGUACCAGAGGCGCGAGCUGCACCGGGGCUCCGCGCGCAGGUUCAGAGCCGCCACACGGACACCCUCACUGGCGGAGGAGCUCGAGCACCUGGUCCUGCUCGCCUUCAUGACCAUCACCUUCCUCAUCUGCUCACUUCCGCUCGUGAUCCGAGUGUAUAUCAGCUCACUCACUAAGGACCACACUCUGGACUUGACGGCUCUCCUGCUCCUCUCUGUGAACCCCAUCCUCGACCCCUGGGUGUUUAUUCUGCUCAGCCCCCCUGUGCCCCGCCUCCUGUGGGAGGCGGUGUGUAAAGUGCUGAAGCCAUGCCCCCUGAGGAACAAGGUCCCUCUGUCACGCUGCGCUCACACACACACCACCACAGAGCUACAGACACGAGGCACCUGAGACACAUCUGGAUUAUAUCUGCACAUGUCCACACACACACACACACACACACAUUCCCAUAGCACCCCAAGGUGUGUGUGUGUGUGUGUGUGUGUGUGAUGGACACAGAGUGUGUGCAAUAAACAGUGAUGAAGUGAGCGUGGUCCUUCCCCAGCAGCAGCAGUGUGAUGAACAGUCCACCACUGAACUGCUGCUGUUCUGAAGACACCAUGUGCUGAAUGUUCCUACUGACCCUCUGGAGGAGGAGUCAAUAAACAAACAAACAAACAACACAAUAAAUAAACAGAAUAAGUGUGAAUAAGUAAGCACAUCUCGAGCUUUAUAAAUUAUGUGUUAAUCACACCGUAUACAGCAUAAAACUGUAAACUGUCACUUUUAUUACAGCCAGUGGGCGGGGCUUCAGCAGGCUCUGUCUCUGAUUGGUCAAACUCGGAGAUUUAGACUGAGGUUACGUCCACAUUCAUACACUUUGGUUUUAAAAUGAAAACGAUUUCCGUCCAGAUGAGUGUUUUAGUUCUGUAUCAGAAAUAAUCUCCGCCCACACUAACACCUGAAAGCACAGGUCACAUGACCGUUCAGGUACACCGGGAUAACCAGCGUCUUCUGUUUCAUGUGUUUUCUUCUGAGGAAAGGUCAUGUGAUAGGAGCGUGACGAAUCAGGGAAGGAGACGUCGUGACUGGGAGCCAUCAGCUUCCUCUGUUUUCACGUCCGCACUGAAACACCACGCUGCGUUUUUACACUGACCUGAGAGCAGCAGUGUUCCACACGUCUCUGUUUAGGAGCUCGAACACGCCGCAGUUGUGUGGCGCAAACGUCGUACAAGUGACGAGUUUUAAAGCUAAAAUAUAUUAAUGUGAAUCUCACUGGCGGGGAGGGGCUGCGGGUGUUUAUGAACUAGUUGUGAUGAUGUCAGCGCUGCUUGUGUAAUUAUUAUACUACUAAAAUAAACCUGAGUGGGCGGAGCUUAGAGACACUCCACCAAUCAGUGCAGUUUUUUCUGCCUGAGUGAGCUAAAUAAAUAAAUGAAUUUAUAUUUCUUCAAACAGAAAUACAGUAAAACUGUUACUGAGCUGUGUUAUUAUUGUUAUUAAUUCUGAUUUAUGAGUGUGUUGUGUUCCCUGUCCUGCUGCGUGUGUGUGUGUGUGUGUGUGUGUGUGUGUGUGUGUUUUGUUGUUUAUUCAGGUUUUAUUUGUGACCAGUGUUAAUGCUAAUAAUGAAAGCUUCAUGUUAAACACAUUAGCAAACGCUAAAUCAGCUCCAGUUGUGACUCUGUGCCUCGUGUAUCACUGUCAGUAAAACUUUAUAAACGUGUAAAUGUGUUCAAACUAAACUAAAUAUUCACACCACAUAGACAAAAGUUUCUUCUCUGCGCUCACAUGUGUACGUUUAUAAAGUCCAGUUAGCUGUAAAUGAACGGGUGUGGUUAAGGCGCACUGAUUUACACUUCAGUGCAGCGAGAGAACUCCAUCGGAGCUCACAGAGAGCUGAAAACGGUGAAAAGUAUGAAGAUGAAAUGAUGAAACACCUUCAAAUAAUGGCAUGUGCUGAAUGUUCCAGUAAUGCAGCUCAGCUACUGCAGCACAUCAGCUACCACAUACACACACUCUCUAACUCCUCCUCCUUUUCCAGGGGGCCAUUAGUUUUGUCUUCAUUGUACGUCUGAUCUUAUUUGUUUUUUGAAUCCCUUCCUUUCAGGGCAUUAAAAUGGAAACACUUCGUUUCACAGGAUGUUCAUGAAACUGGCGUGGAACAGAAAUAAACAGCUGAAAGCUGA